GAGAGCGCCACGUCUAUAAAUUCGAGUUGUUGGUCUAUACAUUUGCAGAUAGAAGAACAGAGCCAUUCCCAUCUUCAAGCCUUAUCAUUGCCUGACACUCAAGAUGAAGACUUUGGCCAUCCUGGUUUUUGCCUCCUUGGCUCUUGCCUGUCUGUCAUCAGACUCCAUGGAUUCCAAUGGUGAUGACCGCGACGACGACCGUCGCGACGGUGACCACCGCCGUAAUUACAACGUCCGCUACGACAACGGACACGACAACGGACGCGACAACGGACGCGACAACGGACGCUACGACAACGGUCGCUACAACAACGGAGGCGACAACGGACGCGACAACGGACGCGACAACGGACGCGACAACGGACGCGACAACGGACGCUACGACAACGGACGUGACAACGGACGCUACGAUAACGGCGACCGUAAUGGCUACAACGGUGACAAUUAUCGCCAUCAUGUUUUCAUGGACAGGUCACAGGCCGCUGCUGUGGUGCCACCCAGAAGACCAACUGUGGAGCUGUCCCUGACCCAGGUUGAGAGCCUGAGAGAAGUCUGCGAGAGCAACGUGUCUUGCGACCAAAUGAUGGAUACCGAUGGAGUCGUCGCUGCCUACAACGCUUACUACGGACCAAUCCCUUAUUAGAUGUCUUCACAUUGCAUUUUAUUAUCACCCAUGUUAUCCCCCAUUUUCUACCUAAGUAACAUGAGAAAAAAAAGUUC